AUGUCCUUUCCCAACAGCUCUCCUGCCGCUAAUACUUUUUUAGUAGAUUCUCUCAUCAGUGCGUGCAGGAGUGACAGUUUCUACUCCAACAGCGCCAGCAUGUAUAUGCCACCUAGCACAGACAUUGGGACUUAUGGGAUGCAAACCUGUGGACUCCUACCGUCUCUGGCUAAAAGAGAAGUUAAUCACCAAAAUAUGGGUAUGAAUGUACAUCCUUAUAUACCUCAAGUAGACAGUUGGACAGACCCGAACAGAUCUUGUCGAAUAGAGCAACCUGUUACACAGCAGGUCCCCACUUGUUCCUUCACUACAAAUAUUAAAGAAGAAAGCAAUUGCUGCAUGUAUUCCGAUAAGAGAACAAAACUCAUUUCUUCAGACGUCCCUUCCUACCAGAGGCUGGUGUCUGAAUCAUGCCCCAUUGAAAACCCCGAGGUUCCUGUCCCAGGAUAUUUUAGACUGAGCCAGACCUACGCCACUGGGAAAACCCAAGAGUACAAUAAUAGCCCUGAAACGAGUUCAACUGUAAUGUUACAGUUAAACCCUCGCGGCAGCUCCAAACCGCAGAUAUCUUCUCAACUUCAGAUGGAAAAGAAAAUGAAUGAAAAUCCGAACAACCAAGACAGCACAGCUAAAGUCUCUCAAGUGGAAAGUCCCGAGCCCAAAUCCACGUUGCAAGACGAAAGGAGCUGCCUGCCUGAAGGCUCUGUGUCCAGCCCAGAAGUCCAGGAGAAGGAGAGUAAAGAGGAAAUCAAGUCUGAUACUCCAACAAGCAAUUGGCUAACUGCAAAGAGUGGCAGAAAGAAGAGGUGUCCUUAUACUAAACACCAAACACUGGAAUUAGAGAAAGAGUUCUUAUUCAAUAUGUAUCUCACUCGAGAGCGCCGCCUAGAGAUCAGUAAGAGCGUAAACCUCACUGACAGGCAGGUCAAGAUUUGGUUUCAAAACCGCAGAAUGAAGCUCAAGAAGAUGAGCAGGGAGAACCGAAUCCGAGAACUGACCGCUAAUCUCACCUUCUCUUAAAGCUGCCCCGGGGGUGCAAACAGUGAGCA